CUUUACUCAGUGCGCUCGAGGUAGCUUACCUCGACGGAUGUUGAUUGUCGUCGACGUUGACGGUGAUGGCUCUGGCACGUGGCGUAUCCUCGGAAGACUGACAUUUUCCUUAUUCUCCUUCUUGGAGGAUUCCUGUUUUUAUUAUUGUUACUGAAAAACGAAUAGAAUAUCCCGAGUGCAAUAUGACAAGAGCGCCGCCAGUACGCGACAGCAAUCGGUGUCGUCGGUAGCGAAGAUAUAUUUCUCCGAGGUGCAGAAGAAAAGAUCGCGUCAUCGAUAAAAAUGAAAAUCAAAAAGUGCAAAAAUCGGAAUUACAAAUUUGAAAAUAUUUCGCACGACGAUAUAUACAAGGUCGGUAUAAAUAAAAUUCCAAUUUCAGUUUUGGUUAACAGUGAGAAAUAUACAAAAGAUUGUUCGUUAGAGACUUCUGUCAUCAGCUGGACUUGAAACGAAAAAAAAACUGAAAAUUACAACCUCAAUGGCAAGAUCAACAUUUAAAUAUCUUUUAUUGUUAAAAUAUUCCUGGACGUAUAUCAACGCUGCUAGAGUAUCACACUAAAAGUAUUCAGUGUUCAAGGAAGCAGUUUGUCGGUCGAUAAUGAAAUGAUAAAUAUUUUACUGUCGUACUGAUAAAUCAAGUAGUCCUACGAACAGUCAAGGAUCAACACUGCUAAAACUUUAUAAUGAUUUUCAAUGAUAUCAACAAAUGCAAUCAUUCCUCGUUCCAUCAUCUACGUUCUGCUUCAUUCCAAGCAAUCACCUUCAAGUGAACAAGCUAUAUCUAUAACGUGUUACAUGCUUGGCGUUUCUUUCUAUCGCGAUAUGUUCUGACGUCGUGCAAAUGUGACAAAACGCUAAACUAAGCGAGAUACAUAUAAUGAAAUAUACGAUACACUUUUGAGUCUGCGUUUCUCAUUCUACAUUCUAUUCGUAUUUUGACUGGUUUAUGAAGCUCUUUGUGAAAUUCCAUCAUACGUGAACUUAACAUUACACUAUAAAUGCGUGAAUCUGUCUUCCUCAUGUAAAAGCCCUUUACAAACGUUUUACAAGACAUGCGUGGCUUUGCAGUGUCUUUGUAUGUCGACGAACCUUUUGAUGACCCUUUUCAUCAGAGCUUUAACUUGAUAAUUUCAUUAGGAUUCUGUAAAAUCAGGGGUGACAUACUUUAUCAUGAUUGUUUCAAUCUUACCCAUCAAUGAGAUCAGUUGUGUUAAUCGAUAUAGUACAAAGUUAUCAGCAAUCGCAGCAAAAAGGUUAGAUAAAGAUAGGUUAUAAAAAUUCAGAGCUCUUUCAGCUAAAUGUAAAUUUUAACAAAUUCAAUUUCUUUCUACAAUAUUCUAUUAAUGACAAUCCAAUCGACGCUAACCAGGUCUAAUUGACAGAGUUGCUCUGUUUAAUACGACCAUGGUCUUACAAAUUGUUUACAUAACGAACGCAUAACCGCCAUUAAUUGGUCUUCGAAUCUCGUUGCAUAAUUGUUAUUACAUAUCAAGAGUAUACGAAGCCUAAAACUGAAAUUGAAAGAAAACAUUAAAAAUCCGCAACAACUUCACAGUUUUGAAUAUUCCGCAAUCAUAAACAAAGUAUCAUUAUUUUCUGCAGAAUUCUUCAUUUUCAACAUUCUACGUUCAAAGAAUUAAUGAUUUUCUCUGGCGCUAGUCGCGUUUCUCUUUGGCAUCUCAUUGUGUCAAAACUUGGCCAUCGUUCAGCAUUUCUCACUGGCAGAAAUGUGAUAACUCAACGAAGAUAACUAAAAGGACUGCAAUUCAAAGACACGUUCGGAAUUCGAUAACUAAAUUUAAUAAAACCAAAUUAAAAGUUUGGAUAAAAGUUGCCAAGCAAUAAUGUCACGUGCUGAAGAAAUACAUUAUCGUGAGUCCGUAACUGGCUCCGGUGCACUGUACAAAAAGUUAUCAAUGAUAAUCAGCAAGUACGAGGAUCAGCAUACGAUGAUUUUCCUCAUUGGAAUAUAGUGCCGGUGAUUGUUGGUGAUACGGUAUUGAAAGAAUGCCGGGAAUCGUAGUGUUUCGGCGACGCUGGAGCGUCGGUAGUGACGACCUCGUCGUUCCUGGCGCUUUCCUCUUCAUUUUGCAUCUCAUAUGGGUUAUCGUACUGAGUGUCCUACUGGGUAUCCUAGAAUGGGAUCGCAACGUAAACUGCAUCUUUCUCCUGUGGGAAUACGUCUUGGGAUACCUGGCCAUUUUCCUAGCAUCUAUGACCGUCGAGUUUUCCAUGUGUGUCCUGGCAACAAGAGGAAGUAUCCUGGAUACUGCACCAAGAGCGCCAAUGCAGUAUCUACUCUAUCUUCGAUUGUUUUUAUUACUCGUGGAGGCAGGAUGGCUGUGCGCUGGUGUCACUUGGCUUACUUUUUUCUAUCAAACCUGUCCUGUGGAUCAGGUCAAGGAUUUCAUCCUGGGUCUCGUCAUAUCGAACUGGUGCGUCCUGGCGUCCGUUAUGGUGACUGUCUGGUGCACGUACGACGCCGCGGGACGUUCCUGGGUCAAGAUGAAGAAAUAUCAGCGCAGCAUGCGGGAAGCCGAGUCUCGUGGGGCUAGAUUACACUAUAAACGCAGCGGCAGCAGGAACAGAAAUUGGCGACAACGAAAAGUUAUACGUGCCUACCAGGACAGCUGGGAUAACAGGUGUCGUCUCUUGUUCUGCUGCAUGGGCAACUCCGAUCGAAAUAGAAAUUCUUUUUCGGACAUCGCACGGCUUCUCAGUGACUUCUUCAGGGAUCUCGAUGUCGUCCCGUCGGACGUCGUUGCCGGUCUGGUCUUAUUACGUAAAUUCCAGAAGAUCGAAAGAGAGCUCAUCGUGAAACAACGUAAAAAUGAUACUUACGAGUUCCUCUCCGGUGUGCCAAUUACACCUCGUACCAAGUUCUUGUCCUUGACUGAGGAUGGCGAUUUGGGACACUUUCAGUUGACCAUUCAUUAUAUGCACUUUGCCCUUGCUGCCUACGGCUGGCCGUUGUUCCUACUCAAUCAUUCUACUGGUCUCUGUCAGUUGUGCACCAGAUUACGAUUUAGCUGCCUCUCAUGUCGGAAUCACGAUGACGAUGCCACUGUCGUCGAUGACAAUUGCUGUCAAUGCAAUUAUGCUGCUCUUAGGAAGAUUGUUCAAGUUGGGGAGGUCGAUGUUGUUUAUGCGACCUUUCACGUAGACGUCGCUGAGACGCCAUUCUUUGUCGCCCUCGAUUAUUCCAAGAAGAAGGUGGUAGUCAGUAUACGUGGUACUUUGAGUAUGAAAGACGUAUUGACCGAUUUGAAUGCCGAGGGCGAAGUAUUGCCACUGUCACCUCCAAGAGAUGAUUGGCUUGGACACAAAGGAAUGGUGCAAGCGGCCGAAUAUAUACGUAAAAAAUUAUGCGACGAAGGUAUCAUCACAAGAGCUCUGGCAAAGGAUCCCGCGAGGGGCACUGACCAAUUUGGAUUGAUCCUAGUUGGUCAUUCCCUUGGUGCAGGCACAGCUGCAAUUCUAGCGAUACUCCUGAAGCAGGAGUAUCCUGAUCUUAUGUGCUUCUCCUAUGCACCACCUGGAGGGCUCUUGAGUAUGCCUGCGCAACAGUACAGUCAGGAGUUCAUAACCUCUGUAGUGGUUGGGAAGGACGUAGUUCCCAGGAUAGGGCUCAGACAAAUGGAGAGUCUCAGAGCAGAUCUCAUAAAUGCUAUCAAAAGAAGCGUGGAUCCAAAGUGGAAGACUAUAGCGUGCUCCGUGAUGUGCUGUGGAUGUGGAUCAACGCCUACUUCAGCGGCUAAUCUUGAAGCUGGAGGAUGUAUCAGUGAAUAUCAGCGGGAUAAGGAUCUGGCUAGAUCACAGGGUGUUUUACCUAGUGACUCGAGUAUAGCACUGACUCUUCAUAGACCACUCUAUCCGCCUGGUCGAAUCAUCCAUGUCGUUCGACAUCAUCCCAACAAGGGCGAGCAAAUUUUGCGAAAACGAGAACCAGUGUACCAGGCGCUCUGGGCUGGUCCUUGCGACUUCGAUGAAGUCCUUAUCAGUCCAGUGAUGAUCCAGGAUCACAUGCCUGAUACCAUGCUUAACGCACUUAACAAGGUUAUAACGACGUUGGGCCCAGCGAAGCCACAACGCGUCGCAUCCGGUCACACAUCCUCCGCGGAGGCGUCGGAGUCCCGAGAGGUCGUCGAGGUCCAGGAAGUUGAAAUUGAACAAGAAUUGCGAGCGUUGCUCUCGCCCUCGAGCCCCAGGAAAUGUCCGACCAGCGUCGAGACGCCACCCCACAGAUUGUGCCUGGAAACGAGUUUCACGUCACUUCAAAGCCCCACGGAAUUUCCACAGGCCGGUUGUGAGCUGAGUGUAGACUCGAGAGGUCUUCCAUGGGAAUAUGUCAGCCUGGCUAGCGAGUUGCUAAACACUCCCAGACCAAACGGAAGCAAAUUAUCAAGCCACCCUGAUGAUUGGGAUCAUUUAACGAGAAUGGCACCACUCGCCACACCGGAAACCCUAUCGGAAACCUCAAGCAAUCCACCUUCACCUAUUCCUCCGCCACGACCUAUGAGACGUACACCGAAGAUUCCGGGAAACUUGUCGACGGCGGCGGAUGACCUAAAGAACAAUCUUCACUUUGCGAUGCUCUCGGCGAAGAAUUACUUUCUACGCGAAGAAGUCAAUGGGAGUAAUAGUAGUGGUAAUAGCGAAGCUAGUUAUGAAAGCGCCAAAAGUUUAGGUGCUGGUUUUCCGCCGCCUGUACCGAGAAGACGAGAUUCCGUUACUCUUAGAAGAGAGCAUAGAGUUUGCACUGCUGCCUGUUGCAGGGAUGAUCUCUCUGAGAAUUCCUCCACUCACACCUCUUCACAUUCCUCUAGGGUUUCUCAUACGUCGCAUCAGGUCCAAAUUGAUUUUCCUGAAGAAGAAAAUGACACUAAUGGGUCCAGCCUUGAUUUCUAUGAAGCCAAAGGUUCCUCCGGCCAGAGGGAUAGCAGUAAUGAUGUGUUCCUGAGUGUAAGAAGUUCUCCAGAAUGCAAAGGACUCAUGGCUCCGGCUACGGAUUUAGGAGCUGAAUGGAAACGAAGAUUCGACUCGCCAGGUUUAAGUGGCGAUGCUUCUUUACCUCUUUUGCGUGGGCUUUCGCCAACGCCCAUGCAGGUUCAACACAACUCUCCAUUCUUCAAUGCCAAGCGAAAAAAAUACGUUUAUCCUAUAACAUUAGUGGGCCGAGGAGAAAGCAGUGUUUAACAAAAGUCUAGUUGCUAUUGGGACCAUGAAAAUAGUCAGGACAUUGACCUAGACCUGUACUAAUUUCAGGAUUGGAAGUAAUCCAAAUUCUCAUUUGAAAGAAUAUUUGCUAUGGAGAAAACUAAAUCAUACUUUUCAUCACUGAAAUUGUUGCAUAGAGUUUGCAUUGAGAAGAUUUCAAUUUUAGCAAUCAGAAUUAGAUGGUAUAUUGUGCUAAUAAUAGUUUGAAGUAAAUUCAUCAAAGAAAAUAAACGGUUUCAUAAAAAAUCACAGUUCAUUUUUCGAUUAGGUGCAAUUAGUUCUGUUGAAAAUAGAACACGUAAUUUACCAUUAAUCAUAAUUAACCAUAAGCUAAAUCAGUAAUUUAAAUGAAUUAUGCAUUUUGACUUACGGACAAAUAAUUAUACCGAUCAAUGAAAUACCUAAUCGUCUAAAAUCUCGCUGCGCGAUGCUGCUUUAACAGGAAAUUUUAUGCAGGUUUUCCAUCGAUUUUCUGAUAAAGUAUUAACUCUUGCAAUAGUGCAGUUUAUGAAAUUUUAUUGAGGCAUUCGAAGGUCCUGGCUUGUUUGUACAAAACUAUAAGGCAUUGUUCUCAUUUCGUAUAACGAUCAUGAAUCAAUGCAGGCGAACUGUUAGAAAUCACGAUUAAUGUACUUAAUUAAUGACAAAUGUACUUAAUUAAUUAUAGUGUUUUAACAAAUUGAAAAUUAAAAAGUUACUGUACUUAUGUAAAAAAUAGAAGUAAACUAAACACAAAGUAAAGUUCUAGUCAGUAUACUUUAUACGAUCAGGGGAAACGAAUGAAGCGAUGAUGAAACUAGUGUAUAGGGUGUUCAGUAAAUGAUUCAACAAUUUAAUUAUUGUACAUUUAUUAAUUACUUGCAAAAUUUAAACUGUUGCAUUUUUUCCAGAAUGCGCUGCGAUGAAUAAUUAUAUUAUACCUAUAGGAGAAACGAGACAGUGUAUUAUGUUAAUGUUAAAAGUUAAGCGAAAAAAAAUAAUUUAUAAGAAAUACAAAUGUAAGAAAGAUUU